UGCAAUAUUUUAUACUUCUCUGAGACUGUAGGGAGCAUGGGUUCUGAACUUUCCUUGAACAGAAGUCAUGGAGCCAGAAGGAAGACGGAACUUAAAGACUUGUUUCUGUGGAAGUAUGGGAAGGUUGACUCUAUUUCACUUCCACUUCCUGAGAUUACCACCUGGAUUAACCCAUCCCGAAUUUCACAGCUUUUCCAGGGCUACCACCAGGGGAUGCACGGAGCUGACUCACUGAGCACGCAAGCCAACUCUCUGAGGAGCAGGGUGUCCUCACAGUGCCUCAGACAGAGCUUCCUUCCCUCAGGACACACCAGGGAGAAGCCAUGUUUUCAGGGCAGCUGACACGUAUGGCCACGUUUAUGUUGAAGACUAAGCCUACUUCAUCUGAGGAUCCGCCCAAGAGUGGCUGUGGCUUUGGGACACCUGGGGUCACAUCCACCAUGAGGACGAAGCCUCUUUCUCUUCUGGACCUGCCCAGGACUGGCCAUUGCUACAAGAUACCUGGUGCUAUGUCCAGGGUGAGAAUAAAGAUGUCUCCUCAGGACCCUCCCAGGAGAGGACAUGGCAUUUAGACAUCUAGUGGCCAAGUGAGGAAAAGUCACCCUGUCUGCAGCACCCAGAACUGAGUAGGGGCACUACUCUGUACCUUACUUCCC